CUAUACAAGCAUAACUUACUGCAAGGGCAGACUGCGUGGAUGUGCGUUCUGUCAGUGCGUUAGUAAAGCCAAAAAGAAACAAAAAAGUAUACAAGCUGUACUCAGCUGGGUUCAUUCGCUGUAUACCUUUGUGUAAGCGAAGUGCUAAUUUUGUUCCAUCUACUGUAUUUGGAAAGGGUCGCUGCUGGAUAUGGACUGUAAAGGGACUGCAGCGGAAGACGCGCUGCUUCUACUGUACGCAUAGUCUUUGGGAUUGGAAAGGCACGGCGCUCGAUUUCUUGUCUGUGGAUGUUUGAUGAAGCACUUCUGUUCUUCGUUUCUAACUCUGGAAACCUUGGAUUUACAAGGAGCUACUGGGGUUGUUUGGGCGUCUUUAUUUCCCACCAAAUCCUUUUCCACCCAAGGGAAGUUAACGCUUUUUAAAAACCAAGAUAGUGCAACAUCAUGGAGACUGUAACUCGACCAAGCUUUCAACCUCACCCAGGACUUCAAAAGACUCUCAGCCAGUUUCAUCUGAGUUCCAUGAGCUCCCUCGGCGGCCCGGCUGCGUUCUCGGCUAGAUGGGCGCAGGAGAUGCUGUAUAAAAAAGAUGGCAAAGAUCCAGAACCGGUCCUUCACAUACCCAUCCAGCCUCCUCCUGUGAUGCCGGGCCCCCUCUUUAUCCCGUCAGACCGGUCCACUGAAAGGUGCGAGACUGUCCUGGAAAGCGAGACCAUCUCGUGUUUUGUAGUCGGCGGGGAGAAGCGGUUGUGUUUGCCCCAGAUCCUCAACACUGUUUUGCGAGAUUUCUCCCUGCAGCAAAUCAACUCCGUCUGCGACGACCUACACAUCUAUUGCUCCAGGUGCACGGCGGACCAGCUGGAGAUCCUUAAAGUUAUGGGGAUUUUGCCCUUCUCUGCACCUUCUUGCGGCCUCAUCACCAAAACGGACGCAGAGCGGCUGUGCAAUGCCCUGAUCUACGGGGGCACCUACCCGCCCCACUGCAAAAAGGAGUUCUCGGGCACUUUGGAGUUGGAACUCACGGAGAAGAGCUUCAAGGUAUACCACGAGUGCUUCGGCAAAUGCAAGGGGCUCUUCGUUCCGGAGCUGUACACGAGUCCCAACGCAGCCUGCAUUCAGUGCAUGGACUGCAGGCUCAUGUACCCGGCUCACAAGUUCGUGGUCCACAGUCACAAAGCCUUGGAAAACAGGACUUGCCACUGGGGUUUUGACUCUGCCAACUGGAGGGCUUACAUCCUACUCAGCCAGGAUUACACGGGGAAAGAGGAGAAGGGGCGCCUGGUGCAACUUUUGGAUGAAGUGAAAGAGAAGUUUGACUUCGCGAACAAGUACAAGAGGAAAGCAGCAAGGACCUCAGAUCCGAUCCCAGCAAAGAAGUCUAAACAUGAAGAUCCUUUCUCCCAGUCGCCAACAACAGACAAGGAGAAGCAACCCGAUUGGCUACGGUCUCUCGCCUCCUCAGCAAAUAAGCAGGGCAUCGGCUGUAUCCAUCCUCGACAGCGGCCCUCAGCGUUCCGACCCUGGUCUCCUGCAGUUUCAGCCAGCGAGAAAGAGACCGCUACACACCUACCCGCUACAGUUCGAGACAGCUUGUACAACUACAAAAGUUUAGAAAACGCUGUGGCCCCCAAUGUGGCCCUGACGCCCUUGCCCCAUCAGAAGGUGGAACAGCAUUCCCCGUCCACGCCGAGCGCCUCCCAGGGCAACAGCAGCGAGGCCCCAAGCAACGGCAGCUGCAGCAGGCCACGCAAACGUCGGCUCACCGGCGAGCCCCAGCCCGCCCCGGAGCCGCCCAGCACAGCCGUCUCCGCCAGCACUGCCCCCCAGGAGGACAAAGACUCAGAGGGCGAGAUCGAGGUGGAGAGCCGUGAAGAGUUCGCAUCAUCCCUGUCCUCCCUCUCCUCCCCUUCCUUCACCUCCUCGAGUUCAUCAGCCAAGGACCUGAGCUCGCCAGGGACCCAGGCUCCGCUGUUGGCGGGGGGUAUCUUUGAGGGCCCCACCGUCCUCGGCGAGGUGCCCUGCGCAGGGCUGGAGACGGAGCUGGAGGCCCUGAGGCAGGCCCUGGACAGCGGGCUCGACUCCAAAGAGGCCAAGGAGAAGUUUCUGCACGAGAUCGUCAAGAUGAGGGUGAAGCAGGAGGAGAAGCUGGGAUCAGCCCUGCAGGCCAAACGCAGCCUUCAGCAGGAGCUGGAGUUUUUGAGGGUGGCGAAGAAGGAGAAGCUGAGAGAAGCGACAGAGGCCAAGCGCAACCUGAGGAAAGAGAUUGAGCGUCUGCGCGCGGAGAACGAGAAGAAGAUCAAGGAGGCGAACGAGUCACGGAUACGACUGAAGAGGGAGCUGGAGCAGGCCAGGCAGCUGCGGGUGUGCGACAAGGGCUGCGAAGCAGGGAGGCUGAGGGUCAAAUACUCCGCACAGAUCGAAGACCUGCAGGUGAAGUUGCAGCACGCAGAGGCGGAUCGGGAGCAGCUGCGAGCGGACUUGCUGCUCGAGCGAGAGGCGCGGGAGCACUUGGAAAAAGUCGUCAAGGAGCUGCAAGAGCAGCUGUGGCCAAAGUCAGGCAGCACCAACAUGGCAGCGAAGGACUCUGAAAACUAAGAGCGAGAAAGAAACACACACAGAGAUUUAUAUUAUCUAUACGCGUAUACAGAUAGACAGACGCGUGCGUGUCUGCGCGCACACAUUGGUGCAAACAAAACACACAAAAAAUAUAUAAUAAUAGAGACUUUGUAUAUUUACCUGGAGGAAAUGUGUUACUUACUAACAUAAGCACUGAAAAGCGCCUCUAAUUAAAACAAAAAUUAAUAAAAUAAAGAGAUGAAUUUAAAAUAGCACAAGUAGUUUAUUGUGCCUAACUAUUUUCCACUGAAAACCACAUUUUGGAUACAGACUUUUCUACGAAUAAAAGAAGUAAAUAAAUCAUCCCGGAGCACAUCUGCAGGUGCAGCAGCAUCAUUGGAAUGCAGACAAACAACUCAAAAGAAAUGUCAAGGUGCCCUCAGAUCUGUUUCUGUUUGUUUGUUGUUUUUUUUCUUUUGGUUUGUAUUUGUACGAUUUUCUCUUUUCUUUCAAACAUUUACAAGGAUUUUUGUAAUAAGCUAUUUAAGAGACUGUAUUAGAGACUUGCGUUUAUAUAUAUAAGGUUUUUGUGUUAAUGAAACCUAAAACAAAACAAAAAACAAACAGGAGACUCGACAAGUGACAAGAAUGACGGACUCCCGACAGUGUUGCCGAUUGAUGCAGUCAUUAAACCCUAAACACCCGGGGGAGGAAAAGGAAAACUUAUGGAUAUUUUUUUUAUUUAAAGUAAAAAAAGUUUGCUUUUUUUUUUUUUUUUUUUUUUUGCAAGAAAUGAUGGAGACCCCAGAGUAUGGGAGGAGAAGGCCUUUGAUUUGACUGGCCUUAUUCCCAUUGGAAUUGCAAGAAUACCAUGACACAGUAUCGCUAUUUUGAAAACUUUUAUGUUAAAUUGAGGUGUUCAGGGCACCCUUUGAAGAGCACUUCAGUUGAUACAGUAGGUAUACAAGAACUGGGAUAUUGUCCAAGAGAUUACAUGCAAUAUAUAUAUAUAUAUAUAUAUAUAUAUAUAUAUAUAUAUAUAUAUAUAUAUAUAUAUAUACACACACACACACACACACACAACUAUUUGGGACUCGUUCCAAAAUAUUUUGUUCAAGGAGCGAUUUUUUUGUCAGCUUAUCUUUAUCAAUGCUGUUAUGAGCAUGACUACAUUUAAUAUUUUUACCUUUGAAUACUAAAAGAAAUUAAUAACUUGCUGCUGUUAUAAAUUACCAAGGCCAUUUUUCUUUUAAUGCAAUCAUUGGAAGCUUACACCUUUAGUGAGAACCUUUAGUGUUUUUUUUUGGUUUUUGAUUUUAUUAGUAUAUAUAUUUUUUUUUACUAUAAAUAAUGAAUCGCACUUUGUCAAAAUACUGUAUUCUGCAUUGCAUUCUCGCUUAUUGUUUAUGCCUUUCAUUUUAAGAAAAUGUACUUUCUAAAAAAAACUAAACAAAAAAACAACUCUUUUUACAUCCAUUCAUGUGUUUCAUUUAUGCCAUGUAAAGUACAUGCUUGAAGUACAAAUAUUGUAAAUAAAAAAAGCAAAAAAAAACAAACAAACAACCAACAACAAUCUAAAACGUCUGUCACUUAAUCCCAAAGGACAUACAAAAAUGUGGGCUGCAUUCUGAAUUUAGUAGAAAUCGCAAAUUUUGAUUUUUCUUUUGCAAAAUGAUCCUGGUGGUUCAUUUGGUUUCAUUUCUUUUAAAAAAACAAACAAAAAAAGCAUGACAUCUUUGGAGGGGGUUGAAAUAUGGAAUACGGAGCGGCUGAUUCUCCUAAAAGUGUGGUAGUUCCAGGUAUUUACAGGUGAUGAGUUUGUUUCAUACAGUGAAAGUAUAUGAUGCUGCACAUGAACACGAAGCAUUAAAAAGACCUUUAGUUUAAAAAUGGAUAGAUGCAUUAACUUGAAGGUGAAGUGACACUUGCUGAUUGGGUUACGUUCAAAACAAAAUGCUCCUGAAACAGAAUGGGUACAAAAAUCCGAAUAUCGGUUGUGUUUAUGCAAUUAUUUUUACUUGGGGAUAUUUUUCUUGCUUAUCUUUGUUUUUGUUUUGUUUUUUUUAUUUUUUAAUAGCAAACCGUUAUAAACUUUUUUUUUUUCAUAUGCAUGAGAUUUAAGAAAAGUCUGCCAUUCGUAUGUUUAUUAAUGGGCAUUAAUAAUGUACAUGUAAAGGGUUUUUUUAAUCGUGUUAUGCAAUAUACAGCAAACUUGUAUUUUUUAAAAUUUGUAUUCAAGUGAUACUCCUUUUUUUUUUUUUAAAGGAAACUAAAUCUCAUUAUCUUUUCAGACAAAUAAUUUCUAUACCUAUUUGUUACUACUGAUAAAAGUUCACAUACAUUGUUGGGAAAACCUCAAGUGCCUGAAUCAAGGCAUAAAGGUUUACUGACCGGGUUCAAACUUGUGAUUACAAUAAACCUACCUUGUCCUAUACAGUAAAUGGGAUGCCUUCUCUGCAGUGACUGAUUUUCAAAGUUCAAUAUUUCCUGUGUUCCUCUGUGCAGACUGUCUGAUCUCAGCAAACACAGACACUACACCCUGUUUCAAGCAUAGGGUGUAACUUGAUUAGCAAGUUGAAGAUGCCUAUUUUUAUCACCAGGCUUCUUUUAAAAGUGAGAGAGGGUAAUUCCGUCUUAAACGGCCGCUGAUUUCAGCUUGCUGUCUGUUACAAACCAGAACUAAAUCCAGCACCACAAAACUACUGUUUUUUAAUUCAUUUCCCCUAAUAAUGAAUAGGGAAAUAUAUAAUAAUACAGUCAUAUAAUGACACCCGUAGUAAUCCACGUGUUUUAUUUAUUUUUUGUUGACUAUUGUCUUGGGUGUACCUGUAUAGCAGAGUUGUGGCAGAAUGGGCCAUUUACAGUUGUAGUUUAAAAACUUGCAAGUGUAUGUGUGCACUGUACAUGUCAAAUAUUGCAAUGCAUUUAUGUAUAUUAGAUAUGCAUUGGAAUUAUAACCCUCAAUGAAAUUAUAGAUAGUAUUUAUUCCCCAAAGCUAUAGAAUAAUCAUUAAGGAGUCCAAAGUUGGCACUUUUUCAUGCUUAGAAACUGUGUGUUGUGCAAGUUUGCUGAAUUCCUGCCAUGGCAGAGCAGAAUGCAAAUAUGUAUACAAUUACAAGUGUUAAUUUACACUAAAACAAAAAGGUUACAUUUAGUUUCCUUUAAGAAAGUUUUUUUUUUUUUAACUAAGGGAGAAGAGGUGUUUGAGGCUUUUGAACCUCCCUUUUCUAGAAUAUUUCAUUGUAUAUUAAGUUAAACGGUUUAUAUUUAAUAUACACAAAACAAGAAGUUUUUAUUUUCUAAACGGAUGAAAAUAAAACAGCAAUAACUGUUCAUAUUACCAGAGGAGCUAAAACUGCUUCUCGUCACAAACAAAACCAACCAGUGUAAAAAUUAAACAAUGACAAAAUACAAAUUUACACAUGUAAAUACUUUUUCAUUUUACACUAUUGUAUUAUAAGUGUAUAUGGUGUUUACGUUUUUCAACAAAAACAAUUCUUAUGCAGUAGCCGUCAUGCUUUAUGAGUUGUGUUUUAAUAGAGGAAAAAAAAAAAGUUUUUACUGCAGUGCGUCAGAGGAAUCUCCCUACAUAAACAUGUCCUUUUCAUUUCCCAUUAUUUUGCAUCUUAUUUUUACUAUAAAAUCUUUUUUUUAUUAUUAUUAUAUAAAAAGAAACAUUGCUUUUGAUCACCAGUCCACGUAUUUUAUAAGGUUAAAUGAAAUUAGCGAAUUAAGUACAUUUGGUCAAGGACAGUGAAAACAAAACAACCUCAUUUGCAUUGCAGCUCAUUCAUUCUCGUGUAUCUUAGCCCUGCUCUGCUGCUAACAGUAUAUCAACUUUACAAUUCUAGAACUAUUUUUAUGUAAGAGAUAAAUGUAUGCUUUCUCGUUUAUUAAUGCCACAUUUACAAAACAAACAAAAAAAAAGCUUGGCUUAUUUAUCUAUUUUGUAUUCCUUGUAUUUUUUUUGCGUCUUUUUUCCCACUCUUUCCCCUCUUCCCUCUCCCCUCUCCCCUCUCCCCUCUCCCGACACAGACUAUAUUGUAAAAUAAAGGACUUUAUGAGAUUAUGUAUGAAAAUAGCUAUGCUUAUAUACCACAGUGACUGAAUGUACAGUGUAUAGAUGCAUUACCAGAAAUAAAGUUGUUUGUCCAGAUA